AUGAGGAACAUAUUCUGGCUAAUCACACUCACACUAUCAUCGCUAGUGGCUUGCUACUCACCCUCCAACGUGAUACAAGCGAACGACAAGAACUUCCAGCAAAUUGUCACCACGCCCGGUAAAUUCACAUUUGUCGAUUUCUACGCCGACUGGUGUCGUCAUUGCAAGAAAUUGUCUCCGGUAGUUGACCAAUUACUAAACUUGUUUGCUGACUAUCCUCAAAUACAAGUGGUCAAGAUAAAUGGGGAUAAAGAUGGUAAGAAAAUGAGCAAGAAAUACGUUACUAUUGGAUACCCAACAUUAUUGAUGUUUGAUGAUCUGGGACAACACGUGGAAUUUGAAGGUGUUAGGGAUGUUGAAGCUUUUAGCAAUUUUAUACAGCAGUUGAGUGGAGUGAGAUUGGAUAAAUCGAAACAGGAUGAAUAUGAGGAAAGCAAUCUACAUAAACAAGGAAAUGGGCAACAACAGCAACAAGAAGAACAAGAUGUGAUUGUGUCCUUGACUCCACAACUGUUUGAACAACAACUUCAAAAUACGCAAUAUGCUAUAGUGGCAAUCGAGGGCAGCUGGUGCUCAUAUUGUAAAGAGUUUGCUGGUGUAUUCGAUCAAAUUGCAAACACCAUCUACGCUAGAAACAAAAACAUCCUUUUUGCCACAUUCACAGUCGACGAACAAGGGAACGGACAAGAGAUAAUAGACAAGUACGGGGUGAAGAGACUACCAGCAUUGAUGCUUGUCAAGGAGGGUAAUUUAGACAAUGCCAUUGUGUAUGAGGGCGAUUUAAGACGACUUGACAAAGUCAUUGACUUGAUUAAUGACUUUGCCGGGACAUUACGUGAUAGAACUGGGGAGUUGAAGGAGGGAGCAGGGGUGAUUCGGCAUAUCAGUGAGUCAAUUGCCAAAGCUAAUGUUGGCGAGUUCGAGCAAGUGUUGAGUGAAUUGGAUACACUUUGUGGUGACACUGUUGGAUUCUAUAAACUGGUGGUGGAGAGUUUAUUGACAGAUGCCAAUGCACUCAAUGUGGAGUAUAAUAGAAUCAAGUUGAUAUUGGACAAGGACAUUGAUAAGUUGAAUGGUGUUACUGUCGACUCAUUGAAACAAAGAUUGAAUGUGUUGAAUCUGUUGCGAUUAUAG